AUGAAUGAAUAUAAAUAUAUAGAUAAUAAUAAUAAUAAUAAAAUACAAAUAGUGAAAUUUUUUUUAAAUUUUGGUGAUAGUACGAAUGUUGAAAAUAAAAAUUAUCCACCAACUGCUCAAGUAGCUUCGCAAUCUGCUGUUUAUUUAGCAAAAGAAUUUAAUAAUCUUGAAAAGUUAAAUCCAAAUCCACCAAAACCAUUUGCUUUUAAAUUUUUAGGUUUAUUAGCUUAUACUGGUAAAAAAAGUGGUAUUUUACAAACUGAUUUCUUUGAUUUAAGUGGUUUUAUUGGUUUUAUUACUUGGAGGAGUGCAUAUUUAACUAGACUAGGUUCUUUACUUUCAAAAAUACAAGUACCUUUUGACUGGAUGCGUACUUUAAUAUUUGUUGUAUUUUUAAUUAUUACUAACUAA